AUGGCGGCUGGCUCCUACCUCCUUUACCAGCUGCUGCACUACGACGCCACGAAGCUCCAUGUGGUUGUGUUCUGCUUUGGAAGGGGUUUCGCAUACUUGUUUGACAAGAGGACACGAACGGUGACAAUAUACGUGGGUGAGAGUAAUAUUGGAAGGGCUAUGAUAAAUUUGGCUGGGAGUGGAAUGAAAGGGUAUAUUAUCAUCGAUAUGGCAAUACAUUUUCAAGAGCCAUCGAAUGAUGUUGUGCCCUCCCCUGAGUGGGGCAUCAUUAUGUUGUCGUCCCCGAACGAAGAUAACUUCAAAGCAUGGACGGAGCAGGCGGAGUAUUGGAGAAGGAUGCACAUGCACAUGCAUGACGUCGGACCGAUUCCACGAUGCAUCUUUCAAUUCAAUGAGUAUAAGGACCGCGUGGAGGAAAUCGAUAACGUCCUGGAAGGUAUCGACGCUUCAAAUGCUGUACAUUAUGGGAUGAUUGGAGGUGUGGAAGAGUGGCCCUCGAAUGACGCACCUUACAAACUUGUGAAAGCUGUCAGAGCAAUAACACAAGGCGGUCUUGAGGAGUUUGUUAACCUGCCGGUCUGUUUUUCCAUUGAAAGCAAACUAAUUGGAAGGUUGCUCGAGGUGGAUGAGGAGAAUGGCAUUAUUUUUCGACUAUUGAAGUGCAGAAAAGAAUUAUUGGCAGACGCUUCGGAGCGGUAUACUCCGAACGCAUUCCUGCGUAGAGGCUUUGUGAAAAAUAUAAUGCCGGACCUCAACGGGUUGCCUCCACCAGGACGUCGUCGGCGACAGAGAUGUGUGCUGCAAUCGAACCCCGAAAAGCAUCCAAGCAGACCCGUUGCAUUAAAUACGUACCGAAGAGCAGAAGUUUUCCGCUUGUGGACGGCUUUUUCUUCGUUGGUGCACCGCGGAGGACGAUGGUUGCGGUGCAGGUGA